CUGAGUAGCUCCGGAGAGUGUCAAUGUAUGUGCCCAAACUCAGUAGAACAAGCACUAACGAUAGCAGAACUUGAAAAAUCGAGGAGAUGGCUCAUGGCUGCUCUCACCAUAUAGUUCAAAGGUUCACUAUCCAAUGAUGCUAUUUAUGUUUAGGGUACUUAUUGUAUAACUGGUUAUAACAGAUAUGUUGUUUUAUGAUGACAUAUAUUUAGGAAAGAACAUAUUCAAAUAGAGAAAUUUUGCUGUGUUAGAUUUUUAUUAUUACCAAGUAUAUGAGUUUGCUCUAUCUGGUUGUCUCAAAGUAUAACAGUUAUACGAGAAUAUGAUAAUCAAUUGCAUGUUUGUGAAGAACAGAGCCCUGUAAGUGUGGCAGUAUUGUCUCUUUCUAGAGACAUACUUGACUGCUUAUUAAGUUGUGGGUUGUUUUUUGACAGAUAUAUUUUCUCACUUUCUUACAACAACUUAGUCUCCAGUUAUUGUACAAGUCUGGUGCGCAAGUGUUGUUUCGUUCCAUCUUCAGUUUGAUUAUUGUUUUUUUUUGGUGAGAAAAUUUCUGAUCUAUUCAUCAACUGUCAAGGCAGUACAAUUCCUAUUUUUAUUUUUUAAACAGGGUUCCUAGAUCAAAUUGUCUGGGCUGGGACAAGAAAAGGAACAUGCUCUUGACUGAGCGCGGGCCACGGAGAUGGUGAGGAUGCCGAGCUGUCUGCGGCAUGGUCGUUGCUCCUCCGGACUUGGUAGGAGGAGUGAGGAGGUCGAUCCAUCCUCGGCUUCGUCGUCGUCGUGCAUCCGUCAAGAGAUGCUCGCGCGCCGGGAGACGAAUCCACAUCUGCUCCUGCUCGACUGCUUCCAAAUCGAGUGACGCAUGCUUCUGCUUGCUAUGGAGGCCGCUGCUCUGAUCCGCUCCAACUGCCAGCGAUGUUCCUCCUCAAGGUCAAGGUUGGUACCCAUAUUUGCUUCAGUUUGCUCUUCCCCCUCUCACUUACCUUCCCUCUCAUGCAUGCGCUUGGUUUCUUCCUCACGCAGGCAGGCUGGGUGGGCUCCUCGUCGGCGUCGGCUUUCCCUGCCUGCCACUGCUUUCUGAUGGAGCGGACCUUUGGAUGCUCCUGUGCCUCUGGUGGUGGGCUAGGCUGGAACUGCUCUGUUGGAUCCUUACCUUUCUUUUGCAGUGACACUGAAUGGUUUGGCUGGUCCACAACACAGUCUCAGGGAUGGAUGGUCAAGUUGUAUAUGGCUUCCACCAUGUACGAGAUGAAAAGCCAUAUCUUGCUCAAGGACCAGUUGCAAAUAAGGGCAGUUAAAGAGUGGAUGCCCAACUGCUCUGAUGUAGGCCGCUCCGAAUCAAUUAUCCGAUAUAUGGCGUCUCUUGAAGGAUUCUCAGUGGUCUCAUGCCUCUCUGUCAGGAUUCUCCCAAUUUGAAAGAGGUACACAAACGUUACUUUCUUUGUCAGGGUUUGUCUACAUUUAUCUUUAAGGCUACAACCUGGAGUCUCAUGGGGGUGUGGAGAUGAUACCUAAGUAAUCUAGGGCAUUGCUUUGUUAGGGGUUCACUUAUGUACAAGAAUGGCAUGUUCUUUCUUGUGUAAUAUAUCGUGGGUUUUUUUCUGCUCAACACCAUCUAGACUAUGUAUCAUUGUAACCUGCUUUAUGGUUUGGACCUGAGCGCUGGAGCAUGGUGCUGGACAGGGAACGAGUCCCUAAGACCGCUCUUUGGAAUUCCAAUAUAGAUGAAGAUAGAAGUGAAAUUUGAGGGCCAACAAAUAUGUUGUAUCGUGGAUGUCCCCCUUUACAUCAUUGUUUUAUGAAAUGCACUAACGCUCC